AUGAAGAAGCGCCAUUCGUGUACUCCGGUGAAUGUCGUGAUCUCCAUUACCCUCGAACCUUCCUCUCACUUUAGCGAAUACGCCAUGUACUUUGCUAAAGUAAUCGCUGGUCUUUCCUUGCUCGCGGGUGUGCAGGCGCACCCUCACGAGGCUCGUGGCGAGAACCACCGCCAUCCAGGCCAUCCGAUCCACUCGUUCAGUACCUCGAGUGCAUCUUUCACCGCAACCCCCACUCCUUCCUCCAGCGUCAGUCACCUGAAAGGGGCCGUCAGCAAGGUACAGGCUGAUGCGGCUUCUUUCUGGUUGGAGGAUAUCAAGCAUCAAGGGGUUGCGGCAUUCAACCCGGACCCGUCUGGAUACAAGGUCUUCCGCAACGUUAAGGACUACGGAGCUGCAGGCGACGGUACCACUGACGACACCGCUGCCAUCAACAAGGCCAUCAGUGAUGGCGGUCGGUUUGGUCCUGCUGGCGGAGAGACCUCCACAACCACACCCGCCAUUGUAUACUUCCCUGCGGGAACUUACCUUGUCUCGGCCCCAAUCAUCGAUUACUACUUCACGCAGAUCAUUGGCAAUCCCAACUCAAUUCCCGUUAUCAAGGCUGCUUCCGGCUUCACUGGACUGGGUGUGAUUGAUGGCGACCAAUACCAGCCCUCCGGAAACCAGGGCUGGACCUCCACCAAUGUCUUCUAUAGACAAAUUCGGAACCUGAAGAUCGACCUGACUGGAAUUGGAGCUACUACUGCUGCUACUGGUAUCCACUGGCCAGUUGGUCAGGCCACUAGCAUCCAGAAUGUAGAGAUUGCGAUGAGCUCCGGUGCUGGCACCCAGCACCAAGGCAUCUUCAUCGAGAACGGCUCGGGUGGUUUCCUAACCGAUGUCACCACCACCGGUGGUUUGUAUGGGUUGAACAUUGGAAGCCAGCAGUUCACUAUGCGCAACCUGUCUAUCUCAGGCGCUGUGACUGGUAUCUCCCAAAUCUGGAACUGGGGCUGGACCUACCAGGGCGUCAGUAUCUCUGACUGCACAACUGGGUUUGCCUUCGAGAACGGCGGUGCCGGCGCUCAGACCGUUGGCUCUGCUGUUGUGCUAGACAGCACAAUCUCAGGCUGCAAGGCAGCUAUCUCUUCUGCCUGGGAAACCUCAGACUCAACCAACGGCAGUCUCAUCCUUGAGAACGUUGUCCUCGACAACACUCCUGUGGCUGUCAAUGGCUCUACCGGUAACACUAUCCUCGAGGGUGGCUCCACGACUAUCGCCGCCUGGGGUCAAGGACACAAAUACACCCCUAAUGGCCCCACUAGCUUUCAGGGAACUUACACUGCUCCCUCCCGUCCCAGUGGCUUGGUUGCUAGUGGCUCUUCUAACUACUACACCAAGUCGAAACCGCAGUUUGAGACCGUCGCUUUGUCGUCCAUCACCAGUCUUAGAGACGCUGGGGCGAAGGGUGAUGGUACCACUGACGAUACCUCUGCUAUCCAAGACGCUGUUACCAAGGCAGCAUCUUCUGGCAAUGUUCUGUUCAUUGAUCAGGGAACGUACAAGGUCACUAGUACUCUUUACUUCCCUCCUGGGUUGCAGGUCGUUGGAGAGUCAUACCCUGUAAUCAUGGCUAGCGGCGAUGCUUUCUCUGAUGUGUCGAACCCUACCCCUGUUAUUCAAGUUGGAAAGCCUGGUGACAAGGGUUCGAUCGAGUGGACUGACACUAUCGUCAGCACCCAGGGCUCUGCUCCCGGUGCUGUUCUAAUUGAGUGGAACCUGGCUGCGGACUCUGGGGCUGGAGUUUGGGAUGUACACACUCGCAUUGGUGGAUUUGAUGGUUCAAGCCAACAGGUUUCCCAAUGUCCCAAGACCGCUCAGCCUACCCAGAAUUGUGAAGUUGCUUACAUGUCUUUCCAUAUCACGAGCAGCGCUAGCGGGGCGUACUUGGAGAAUGUUUGGCUAUGGACUGCCGAUCACGACAUUGAUGACUCCAACAAUACUCAGAUAUCCGUCUUCUCUGGCCGUGGUCUGCUCGUUGAAGGAAGCAACACCUGGCUCUGGGGGACUGCUGUUGAGCAUCACUUCCUCUACCAGUACAACUUUGCUGGCGCCAGUGACAUCGUCGCUGGAUUCCUCCAGACUGAGACUCCAUACUACAUGCCCAACCCCGAUGUCAACCACGGUCCUUUCCCCUCCAACGCCAGCCUCAAAGACCCCGACUACAGCAAGUGCCUUAGUGGAAAUUGCGAUUCCUACGGGUUGCGUGUUCUUGACGGCAAGAGCAUUUCCAUCUACGGUGCCGGCCUCUACAGUUUCUUCAACGACUACAGCACCGACUGCUCUGCCUUCCCUUCGCCCGAAAACUGCCAGAGUGAAAUCUUCAGCGUGGAGGGUACGACUAGCGCUCUUAAUGUCUUUGCCCUCAACACUGUGGGUGUUCAAAACAUGAUCCUCCAGGACGGCACUUCUUUGGCCAAGGUUUCUGACAACCUCGGAACUUUUUCUUCCACCAUUGCAUACUUCAGUGUUGAGUGA